UCACUCAAAGCAUAGCGAAUUAACUAAAGAAGUUAGCAAUGUGUGCUUAUUAUUCAAGCUGUGGAACCUCAUUAUUUCCCUUUUUUUCAUUUCUUAUUAUCUUCUUCUACUUAUCUUCACUUUUGAAUUAUCAAACUGAUAAUUCCAUUACUUUUUUCUCUUUCUCAAAAACCCCUCCAUUAAACAACAACAAAGAACAAAAUCUUGCUACUCAUGCUAAGAAGAGCAGUUUACAGAAAGUUGAAGAAGAUUUAGCCCGAGCGAGAGCAGCAAUUUGGAAAGCUAUUCGUUCGAAAAAUUAUACAUCUGAUAAAGAAGAGAGGUUCAUUCCAAAUGGAUCUAUUUAUAGAAACUCAUAUGCCUUUCAUCAGAGUCACAUUGAGAUGGUGAAGAGGUUAAAGGUGUGGACUUACAAAGAAGGAGAUUUGCCAAUGGUACACAAUGGACCAAUGAAAAAUAUAUAUGCAAUUGAAGGUCAUUUUAUUGGUGAAAUGGAGAGUGAAAAUAGACCUUUUUUAGCUUCACAUCCUGACGAAGCUCAUGCAUUUUUUAUACCAAUUAGUGUCACAUAUAUUGUUGAAUAUAUUUACUUGCCAAUUAUCACCAAUUAUUCUAGAGAUAGGAUUCAAAGGGUUGUUGAGGAUUAUAUUCAUGUUAUUGCUAACAAGUAUCCUUAUUGGAAUAGAAGCAAUGGUGCUGAUCAUUUCUUGGUUUCUUGCCAUGAUUGGGCACCAGAUAUUUCCGGUAGAAAUCCAGAGCUCUUCAAGAACUUCAUCAGAGUGUUAUGCAAUGCCAAUACUUCAGAAGGAUUUCAACCCGAACGAGAUAUUUCAUUGCUUGAAGUUUAUGGAUUACCACAUAUUAAUAUAACACCACCAGACCUUGGUCUAAAUCCGAAAAAUCGAUCAAUUCUAGCAUUUUUUGCUGGUGGGUCACAUGGUUACAUAAGAGAAAUAUUACUUCAACACUGGAAAAAUAAAAAAGACGACGAAAUGCGCGUGCACGAGUACCUCCCAGAGGAUCAAAAUUAUACAAAAUUAAUGGGUCAAAGCAAGUUUUGCUUAGCACCAAGUGGAUAUCAAGUUGCAAGUGCAAGAAUUAGUGAGGCAAUUUAUGCAGGAUGUGUUCCAGUGAUAAUUUCUGAUAAUAUUUUCUUGCCAUUUAGCGAUGUUCUUGAUUGGAGUCAGUUUUCAGUCAAUGUUCCAGUUGAGAAAAUUCCAGAAUUGAAGACAAUUUUGAAGGGAAUUUCUUGGAGUAAAUACUUGAAAAUGCAAAAAAGAGUGAGGAAAUUGCAAAGGCAUUUUAAAGUGCAUAGGCCUGCUAAGCCAUAUGACGUAAUUUACAAUGUCCUUCACUCAGUGUGGCUAAGGAGACUUAAUUUUAAACUUGCUACUUGAUA